AUGCUGCGAGCGGGCUUCUCCCGCACACACCGAAUAGAGGCCACCGAGAUUGACCUCCACAAGUCAUUUGUCAAGAUGGGAGGAGACUCCAUGAGCGCCAUCCGCCUCAUGAACUACCUACUUGAGAGGGGGGUGGUGGUCACAGUCGCAAACCUACUGGGGAGUUCUCGCCUGAUCGACGUCGAGUGGCACAUGGACCAAACGAAACAACAAAUUGGCUCCUCUUCGCAGACAAAAGCACUUGAGGCCGUGCCAGAAAGAUAUGACGACUACGCGCUGCGAUCUACCACACCCGCCCAUCGAGCCACCUUUGAGCAGCGCAUGCUGCGUGAUCUCAGCAUUGCGUCCUUGAAAGACGUCCAAGCUGUCUACCCCUGCACGUCCGUACAGGAAGGCAUGAUCAUCGCCGUGCUGAAAGAGCCCGAAAGCUACCGAGUAGAGCUCGUCGUCGAAGCGACACCUGUCCGUGCCAACAGCGCCAUAGACAGGAAAGCUCUGUCAGAUGCUUGGGCGCGCACAAUCCAGCGGCACGAGGCACUACGGACAGUCUUUGUGCAGAGCGUGAGGGAAUACGUCCUCUUUGAGCAGGUCGUACUACGAAGCGCGACACCCCAAGUUCGCUCGCUCGAGGGACCUUGCGCCGAUGCACAGAGCCAGUUGCGCUCGUGCCCACCGGUGUAUUUCGACCUGACACGUCCUGCCCAUCACCUUACCUUCUGUGAGGAUGACCAGGGUCGCGUGUUUUGCAAGUUCGAGUUCAGUCAUGCAAUUGUGGACGGCACCUCCUUAUCCAUCAUACUACAAGAACUACGGGAUAUAUACAUCGGCAGGCCGCCUCCCGAGCCCCCUCUGCGUGGAGGCGAUUACCACGCCUUCCUCAGCGCUCAAGACAGCUCCUUGGAGUAUUGGCGGAGACAUCUGAACGGCCAGGGAGCGGCUCCCUUUCCACGGUUGGGCUCUGAGGCGGCCACAGGGCAAGCCUCGCUGGCGGUCGAGCUUGGCAGCCUGGAUCAGCUGGUGUCGGCUUGCCAGACCACGGGCACUACGCCCGCAACACUCAUACAGACGGCAUGGGCGAUGGUGCUGCGCUAUUACACGCAGUCCGACGCGGUGUGCUUUGGCUAUGUGACCUCGGGGCGUGAUGCACCCCUACCCGGACUCGAGAACACCGUCGGCGCCUUUGUGCAUAUUCUGGCGCGACGCAUAGUCCUCGACAACUCGCGCCCCGCCUCUGAGCUCCUUCAAGACGUGCAGGGAGACUUUAUUGAAGCCCUGUCACACCAAUACUGCUCUUUGAAGGAGGUCCUAAGCGCCACGUCCCAGACUGACCGAGCCCUCUUCGACACUGUCCUGUCCUGCAUACACGAUGAUGAAGGCAAGGGCACGUCAGGAGACGCAUCCGAAAGCGAGGAGAUGAAGCUCACAGCGCGAAGUGAGGCGUUCCCUACCGAGUAUCCCGUUUCUGCUGUCGCCAUCAGCACGCCGACGUGCUUGCGCCUCCGUCUCACCUACAAGCUGGACACCUUAUCCGAGACCACGGCCACGUCCCUGGUCGACUCGUUCCGCGCCGCCAUCUCCUGGCUCGCCUCACACCCAGCACAACCCGUGACCGAGUGUCGGCUUUUCAGCCGUCAUGAUCUGGACGCCAUGCGCCAGUGGCACACGAAUCCGCCGCCUCUGGUAGAUGCAUGCUUGCACGACAUGAUUGCAGAGCAGACGGUUUCCUAUCUUGACCGAGAAGCUAUCUUAGCCCCAGAGGGUUCCUUUACGUACCGGGAGCUCGAGCGCAAGGUGACGCUGCUCGCUGCCUACCUGCAACAGCAGUACCAGAUCGGGCCCGAAUCGCAUGUGCUGUGCUGUUUUCCCAAGUCCGCCUGGACGGUCGUGUCCAUGUACGGUAUCCUGAAGGCUGGGGCCGCCUACGUGCACGUCGAGACCAGGCACCCGAGAUCCCGCAUCGCCACCAUCGCCGAGAGCUGCCAGAGUCGUUGGAUCCUGACGAGCGCCGAGUCAGCAGGUCUCGUGGCAGGGGUGGUACCGAACGUGUUGACAAUCGACGGCGACUUUAUAGACAGUCUGGAGUCCCAGGUCAGCGCGGAGGCAUUGCAGACCGCGGUGACGCCGACCAAUGUGGCUUCCAUUAUAUUCACAUCCGGAAGCACGGGCGUGCCCAAGGGCAUCGUCAUGGAGCACGCUGCCUUUUGCAACUCCUUCAUUGCCUUGGAGCGUGACAUUGGCUGGACCAAGCCGUUGCGCAUGUUGCAAUACUCGGCCCAUACGUUCGACGUCGUCUCGCUCGAAGUGUUUUACACCCUCUGGAAGGGUGGCUGUAUCUGCAUACCCUCCGAGCACGAAAGGGUCAACGCCCUACCCAGUGCCAUACGACGCCUGAAUGCCAGCGCAGCGUUGCUGACCCCGUCCGUGGCCAGUACCUUCACCCACGCCGACGCACCCUGUCUCGAGCAGCUUCUUCUCGGCGGCGAGGCGAUCCCGCAGUCCGUCCUCGACAGCUGGGCCUCCCUGAGAAGAAUUGGAAUCUACGGCCCAGCUGAGGUCUGCACCUGUUCAGCCUGGAAUCCGCACCUUGGGAGCAUAGGAAAGACCACCACGCUGGGCCGUGUCUCAGGACUCGGCCUGUGGGUUGUCAGCCCCGAUGACCACAAAACGAUAUUGCCUCUGGGCUGUGUGGGCGAGCUAGUGAUCCAGGGUCCGACGCUUGCCCGUGGCUAUCUCGGUCAGGCCGGCGCCGACGCGUGGCUGGUAAAUGCGGCAUCCUUCCUACCCAAGCUGGAGGGCGUCGAUGGUCAUCGAGCCUACAAGUCAGGGGAUCUCGUGCGAUACAACACGGCUGGUACCAUUGACUUUAUCGGCCGCAAGGACAGCCAGGUCAAAUACCAUGGACAGCGUAUCGAACUCGGCGAGAUUGAGACGCAACUGGUCCACAUCUCACCACCAGGCGUGGGCGGCAUGGUCGAACUCGUCACGCACAAAGUGACUGGCCGGCAGAUGCUUGUCCUCAUCUUGUGGUUUGUGGACAGCUCGCACCUAGACGUGCCGUCUGCGGGCGUCGCUCGGCCCAUGGCAAAGUCGGAACUUACCCCUGAAAUCGGCGAGGUGAUACGGCAAGUGAUGGAGAGACUCGGCAAGAGACUUCCAACGUACAUGGUCCCCACGCUGGCCAUCCCUCUCGCGGGUACGCCGGUCCAGACGUCGUCCGGCAAGACAGAUCGCAAGCCGCUCCGAGCCAUAGCCCAGCAGCUGAGCCCUCAAGAUCUCGCCCUCUUCUCCUCCAUAGAACGGCCGGCUGUGGCAAAUGAGCUGAGUGAGACGGCCGUGGCUCUCCGUCAGCUCUGGGCCCAGAUCCUCAGCAUGGACGCGUCUCUUAUCCAAGGCCAUCACCACUUCUUUCGCCUGGGGGGCGACUCCAUCGCCGCCACGAAGCUGGUCACUCUCGCCUUCAAAAAGGGUCUCGAGCUCAGCGUGGCUGCUAUCUUUGCCUCCCCCAUCUUGGAAGACAUGGCCAGCACCACCAAGCGAGCAUCAUCUUUGGAACUGGCCCAUCUUGCUCCCUUUGAACUCGUGCCACAAGGCGUGAGCCCGAGCGAGAUAAGGCGCGUUGCUUCCGUGACCUGUGGUGUCUCUCUCAGCCAAGUCAAGGACGCGUAUCCUUGUACAACACUCCAAGAGGGGCUCAUGGCCAUCUCGCUCAGGAAUCCUCGCGCGUACAUUGCUGUGGGUGCGUACAAGCUGCCGGAUAACGUCGACCUGGAGCGUCUAUCCUCGGCAUGCACCGCGCUUGUCGAGCGCAGCGACUUGCUCCGAACACGCUUUGUCGAUGUCGAGGGUGUCGGGCUGCUGCAAGUCGUGCUAGACGAUGUCCUCCCCUGGGAAAGUGCCACGAGUCUGGACAAUUUCCUCCGCUUGGAAGAUGCCCCGCCGACGAGCCUAGGGGCGAGGAUGACUCGAUGGAGCCUAGUAGAAGAGGCGGGUAGUGGCAGGCAUCUGGCUCUGGCAAUUCAUCACUCCCUCUUUGACGGCCACAGUUUGGGGUUGAUGCUGCGGGAGCUACAAGACCUGUACGAUGGACUUGAGCUGCCCGCCCCGCUCCCCUUCGUGCACUUUGUGAAUUAUCUCGCAGAGAAACGCGACGAUGAGGCGGAGAAGAGCUACUGGCAAGACCAGUUCUCCAGAUCCAACCCUUUCCCGCUCCCCUUUCAGUCUCACCUGCCAGCGUCACCGACCUUACAGAAGGACCUCCCCCAGGGCCAGAAGGAUUUCGUGAUUCCUGGCGUCAAGACGAACCACACCAGUCACAGCCUGCCAACCCUCCUCCGGGCUGCCUGGGCUAUUGUCAACGCCAAGUAUGCAGGGACCCACGAUGUCAUCUUCGGCGUCACGGUAUCUGGACGCACAGCUACCGUGGCCGGGAUUGACAGCAUCGUUGGUCCCACCAUCGCCACGGUCCCUCUGCGGAUUCUUGUCGACAGAGAAACGUCUGUCGCUGGACUUCUCGAAGCGGUCCGCGACCAGAUGAUUCACAUGUUCGACUUUGAACAGUCGGGCAUCCAGAACAUUGCCCGCAUGGGAGGAGACACGGCCAACGCCGCCACCUUUGACACGCUCCUCGUUGUGCAGCCUCCAGGAGCUGCCAAACAGAUUCAGCUCUUUGAGCAAGACCCGGUCGGAUCCUCGGAGAUUGGUAAGUUAGGAUAUGGAUUUGUACUGACCUGCAGCCUCCGAGACGACAAUUCCAUUCACUGCAAUGUCAUCUACGACCAGACGCGCAUCGCCAGUGAGCGCGCCGAAGGAGUGUGCGGCCACUUUCACGAGGCAUUCCGCCAGGUGGCCGAAGCCAGGGCGGAUCUGCCUCUUCGCGAGAUCGACAUGGUGACGCGAGGUGAUAUCUCGACUCUGCAGGCUUGGAACACGGAGACCCCCCAAGAAGUCUGUCUGUCGGUUCCGCGUUUCAUUGAGCUGCAGAACGCCAGCCGUCCUGGAGCCAUUGCGGUGGAGUCGGGACAUGUCCGUCUUACCUACGAGGAGCUGAACUCCGUGUCGGAUCGCCUGGCCUCGUACAUACUAUCGCGAGGCGUGAAGCCACACCAGAUGAUCCCCUUUUGCUUGGAAAAGUCGGCGUGGACCAUUGUGGCCAUGCUCGGCAUCAUGAAAGCCGGGUGUGCGUUUGUACCUCUUGAUCCCUCCCACCCUCGCCAUCGGUGGCAAGCAAUAUUGGAGCAAAUCGAUGCCAGUCUGGUCCUGGCUUCAGACAGUACACAAUCUCGAUUCGCCGACUUGGGUGUGGAGAUGCUGGAGGUAUCGGGAGAUAUCAUCGCCAGCCUCCCUGCCAGUAGGGUGAGUUUGCCAGAGGUCACAAACAAGCAUUUGGCAUACGUGUUGUUCACGUCUGGCACGACGGGCAAGCCCAAGGGCGUCAUGAUUGAACAUGGCGCGGUCUGUACCAGCUUUCAGGGUAUCACGGCCUAUCUAGGCUUUGAUCAGUCCACAAGAGUCUUACAGUACUCGCCGUAUGUGUUUGAUGCGUGCUGCCUCGAGAUCUUCGGGGCGUUGCUCCGCGGGGGCUGUGUCUGCGUACCAACAGAGGAUGAGUGCCAACAUGACAUAGCGGGAGCGAUCCGGAGGAUGGGUGUCACCUUUACCGCGCUGACAGCCUCUCUGUCGCGGCUCUUCACACCGGACGAGGUGCCUAGCUUGAAGUCGAUUCUCCUAGGAGGCGAGGCGAACACCCCCGACGUCGUCAGCACCUGGUCGGCAACCCAGGGACACGCUGGUUACGGGCCUACCGAGGCUUGCACUGGCGCGACUGCGAGACUCUGGGAGACGCCGCAAGACACCCCUUCGAACAUUGGCAAGGCUGUCAAUUGCACAACGUGGGUGGUGGACCCCAGCGACCCCGAGAAGCUCGCGCCCGUCGGGUGUAUCGGUGAGCUCGCCAUCCAGGGGCCCACGCUGGCACGUGGAUACUUGGGAAGUCCGAACCAGACAGCCAGCGUCUUUCGAGACGCACCACGAUGGAUGCGGGAGGUCACCGCAGACACUGGACGUAUCUACCUGACCGGUGACCUCGUGCAGUAUGAGUCGGACGGCUCGCUCAACUUUAUAGGGCGGAAAGAUAACCAAGUCAAGCUCAACGGGCAACGAAUCGAGCUUCGGGAGGUGGACGCCUAUGUAGAAGGGCUCGCCCCGGGAAUUGACUGCGUCUCGGAGAUUGGCACGCCGCUCGAAGGCCGAUCCACGCAGCUCCUGGCCAUGUUUUUCCAGUCAAAACACGCCUUCGCGUCGCAAGAGACGUUCCCCCCUCUCGCGGACGAGGAGGUCACUUGGCUCAAGGGGCUCGCCACUGAUCUGGCAGCGCGUGUCCCGGGCUAUAUGGUUCCCCGACUUUGGAUCCCCUUGAAAAAGCUGCCCCUGACCAUCGCGGGGAAGCUCGAUCGCGGUGCGCUCAAGCGAGCCAUUCACGAUCUGGGCGCGGCGCAGAUCACAAAUUACAGCCUGAUCACCACCGGAGAUCGGAAGGCGGAGGUGACGAACGCCUGGCAGUCAAGCCUGCGAGAUCUCUGGGCGUCGGCGUUGCAGUUGGAAGCAUCUGCGAUCGGCGUGAACGACAACUUUUUUGCACUGGGGGGUGACUCGAUCGUCGCGAUGAGGCUUGCCUCGAGUGCGAGGAAGAAUGGGCUGGACCUCGACGUCCCCACUAUUUUCGCGAAGCCUACCCUAGAGCUCAUGUCCACGGCGGUGCGACGCACGAUGCAGAGCCAAGACGAGGGCGCCUAUGUGGUCUUUUCCUCUAUACCGGGACCGGAAAGAACAGAGAUUCUUGCCAUCAUCAGCGCGCAACUCGGCACGGUCAAAGAAUGUGUCGAAGACGUCUAUCCAGCUACCCAUAUGCAAGAGGCUCUGAUCUCCUUGUCAUUGAAGAACCCUGGCUCGUACGUUGCCCAGCAUGUGUUCCGCCUGCCAAAAGAUUUGGACGCCGAGCGUCUGUCCACGGCAUGGGCGUCUGUUGUUUCAGCGUGUUCUGUCUUGCGAUCGAGGAUUGUGCAAGUCCACGGCGUGACCUACCAGGUCGUCCUGGACGAGGAGGCAUCAUGGUCUACUGCGCAGUUGGCAGACGUAGCAGACGAGAAGCAGUUCAUGGCACAUCUCAGAGAGAGAACCCGUGGCGAUAUGUCUCUCAACACAACGCUGUGCCAGGUGACAUUGUUCGAAGCUGCUUUGGACAGGUAUAUAGUGUUGACCGCACACCAUGCCAUCAUCGACGGUUGGUCGGUCGGUCGGAUUCUGUCUUUGCUGAGCGAUGCAUACCAUGGCGCAUCACUAAGCCCUCCGCCAGACUUUGCCACCUUUUCCAUCCAGGCGCGCGAUGUGAACGAGCAAAGUGAGGCCUUCUGGGCCAGAGAGCUGGAAGGCGCUGAGGACUCGCGCUUCCCCCAAACGCAGGUUGACAGCCAGCAGCAGCAAGAGCAGCCCGAGACCACCGCUUUCUACAAGAGUCGCGUCAAAUUGCCCAGACGUGCGAAAAGCAAGGAGACUACCGUGCCCACUCUCAUCCGCGCUUCCUGGGCUCUCACGGUUGCGCAGCGGUGCGGCUCGACGGAUGUGACUUUUGGAAACGUGGUCUCAGGCCGCAAUGCGCCCGUCUCGGAGAUUGAAGAGAUUGUUGGCCCGACGGUGGCCACGAUACCGUUACGCGCUCACACGCCGGCGGACGAGACCGUUGGGGCCUUCUUGAGCAAGGUGCAAGGCCAGUCUGCGCGCGCCAUGCACCACGAGCAAUUCGGCCUCCAGAACAUUGCCAAAAUCUCCGCUGAUACGAGACGCGCCUGUGAUUUCACCAACAUUCUUGUCAUCCAGCCCAGCGCACUGGCCACGGAUGGAAAAGGUCUCGAGCUCCAGCCGGUGGACAACGAAGACAGCCACGCUGGGUUCAUGGCCUACCCUCUUGUGUUGCAGUGCACUGUUCGCAGCAACGAGGAGAUUGAGCUGGGCUUUAGCUAUGUCACCAAGUAUCUCAACUUGAUGGUGGUCGAAAGCCUGGCAAGGCAGAUGCACCUCUUCCUUGAGCAGCUUUGCCAGGCAGAUGCAGCAUCAUGCCUCGGCCAUCUCCAGACAUGCCAUGCUCUCGAUAUCAAGCGCAUGAAGGUAUGGAGGCCAAGCACGGUUCCAGACGCGGUAUCUGCCGUGGCAGUUGGCCACCCAUCCGAGCCUGCUCUCCAGGCGUGGGACGGCGGACUGUCCUAUGGAGACCUCGAUGUCCUCACGGACAAACUGGCAGACAAGCUGGUGGACCAGGGCAUCGGCAGUACGGAUCUUGUGCCCAUCUGCUUCGAGAAGUCCCUCUGGGCUAUUGUCGCCAUGCUGGGUGUCAUGAAAUCCGGUGCGGCCUUUGUGCCCCUGAACCCGGACGACCCAGCGAGCCGCCGCAACGAUGUGCUGUCGCAGAUCCAUCCCAAGGCCAUCCUCUGCUCCGAGCUGAUGCUUUCACGCUGCACAGGCCUCGCCAAUCUCGUCAUGACAGUAGGCAGGGAGAUCACGACGGAGGAGAGGCGUUCUGAGUCAGCCCUGGCGAGCGCACGCAUCGCAGCGGCCGACCAGGUGGCGUACGUCUUCUUCACCUCCGGUAGCUCUGGCACACCCAAAGGUGUUGUGAUGGGACAUGCAGCGUUCCAUGAGAGUGUCGUGGGCAUUGGACGUCGCAUGGGACUCGAAGCUUCCAGUCGCGUGCUGCAGUACUCUGCUUUUGUCUUUGACGUCUCCCUCGCCGAAAUCUUCGCCACGCUCGUCACGGGCGGGUGCGUCUGUAUUCCGUCCGACAAGGCGCGUAUGAACGAUAUCGCCUCCGCGAUGCGAGAGAUGGCUGUCAAUUUUGCCUUCCUGACGCCGUCUGUGUCGAGGCUGCUCACGCCGGCUGCUGUACCUCGUCUAGAGACCCUCAUUCUGGGUGGAGAGGCGGCCACCAGCGGCGACGUGCAGAUAUGGGUCGGCCAUGUGCGUCUGUUGAAUGGAUACGGGCCCACCGAAGCGUGUAUCUACAGCGCCUGUUACGAAUGGCUGCCCGGGCGCGAUGAGGUGUCUACAAGCAUCGGUGCCGGCCUGAACUGCGCUUGCUGGAUUGUCGACCCGGAGAACCACGACCGGCUCGUCAGCCCCGGUUGUGAGGGUGAGUUGCUUCUGCAAGGCUCGAUCCUGGCCCGUGGCUAUCUUCACGAUGACGAAAAGACGGCGUCCGCCUUCGUCACCCACCUAGCUUGGGCCGCAGCGGCCGGGCUUGCACCGAGUACGCGUCUGUAUAAGACAGGGGACCUUGUUCGCUACGGGGAUGUGAACAGGAUCGACUACCUAGGCCGAAAAGACUCGCAGAUCAAGAUCAACGGCCAGCGCGUGGAGGCUGGCGAGGUCGAGUACCAGCUCAAAGAGGCCUGGGCAAGUGGUCAUGUCCGCGAUGUUACAGUCCUGUCCAUCGACAACCUUGGGCAGCGGCUUGGCAGCACUCUUGUGGCCUUUGUGUGGAAAGCCGACGAGCAGGGCGCAGAGGAAAGGGACGCCUCGUCCUUGGAGCCCGCUAUUCCUCCCCAGCUUGACUCGUUCCGCGAUGAGGGUGAGGCAGCGCUGUCCGUGAUGUGCCGCAAGGUCGGUCAGCACAUGCUUCCCACGCACUUCUUCUCAGUCAACUAUAUGCCCAAGAGCACUGCGGGCAAGACCGACAGGAAGAAGCUGGAACAAUGGGCUCGCUCACUGCCAACGGACGUGGUCCUGGCCUCCGCCCUACCCCGUCGGCGGAGCGGCAAUAUUGCCUUGUCCACCGAUAAGGAGAGAAUCCUCCAAAGCCUGUGGAGCGUGGUUUUGAAUCUGGAUGCUGACUCUAUCAUGGCGAAUGAUAGUUUCCUUGCCGUUGGUGGCGAUUCCAUUCGCUCCAUCCACCUUGUCCAGUUGGCAAGAGAAAAGGGGCUGGCUCUGACAGUGGGACAAAUCUUUGAAACACCCGUAUUGUCUGAUAUGGCCCUCCACGCACCCGCUCUCGAGGAUGACGAGACCACAGAUGGCUUCAUGGUCGAGCCGUUUUCCAUCCUCAACAGAGACCAAGAUCAACAAAGCCUGAUGGACCAACUGGCCGAGGCUUGCAACGUGGCUCCAAACAGUAUAGCCGACGCAUAUCCAUGCACCGCGCUCCAAGAGGGCAUGAUGGCGCUUUCGAACAAACAGACAGGAUCCUACAUGGCACAGGUUCCCUUCGAGGUUGCUGCCGACACGGACAUUGACAAGCUCAGGAUGGCGUGGCAAUGUGCGUCGGAUCGAGUUGAGAUCCUUCGGACCCGAAUCGUGGCCGGUCCCAAGGGAGAUCUCAUCCAGGUUGUCCUGAAGCCGACAGACAUCGAGUGGACUAAAGUCACAGCCCCGUCGCUCGACGCCUUCAUGCGAGACGGUAUGCAAGCUCCCAUGGCCCUGGGCACUUCGCUCUGCCGCUUCACACUCAUCAAGCAGGGCAGCACAAAGUUCUUCCUAUGGACAAUCCACCACAGUCUAUACGACGGAUGGUCCAUGGACCUCGUUCUGAGCAUGGUCGACAAGCUCUAUCGCGGGUCUGAAGUAGCGGAUCACACCCCAUUCGUCAACGCAAUCGCUCAUAUUGAAUCGCGAGAUCUGGCCGAGCAGCAAGCCUUCUGGCGGAGCGAACUCAAGGGCCCCCCUGGCGCGUCGUAUCCACCGCUCCCUGCCGUUAACUACGUCCCAAAGGUGAAUGCGGUGCGGACUCACGACUUCACUGUGCAGAGGGAUCAAGGAUCGGGCAUCACGUUUCCCACUAUUCUCAAGACGGCCUGGGCUCUGCUCUUGUCUCGUUACUCGGGCACGGAAGAUGUUGUACUUGGUCUCACCACUACUGGCCGUCAAAUGGACGUGCCUGGCGUGCAGUCGAUCAUCGGCCCCCUUGUCACCACCCAUCCCAUGAGGAUCAGGCUGCCGCCGACCUGCAGUGUUGCGUCCAUUCUGGAAGGGGUGCAGAAGCAAGGCACAAAGAUGAUACCCUUCGAGCAACUUGGCCUGCAAAACGUCAGUAAGCUCAGCGAGGACUGUCGCAUUGCUUGUGACUUUCGUGUCCUCGUGGUAGUGCAGCCUUACAAGGGCGAAGACGGGGACCAAAGUAAGAACAUCAUGACGCCCGUCUUCGAAGAGGGAGGCUUCGAGUCUUUCCACACCUAUCCCAUUGUGGUGCAGUUGUUUAUCCAAGCCCACAAUGGCGUUCGUGUGCACGUCACCCACGAUCCCGCCGUGAUCGACGCAGACCAGGUUGAGGCCAUCUGCCACCAGCUCGAGAGUGUCACCGCACAGCUUUGUGGCAGCAACGUCGAGGAUGUCAAGGUGUCUGAUCUGGACCUCGUCAGCCCCUGGGAUAAAACCCGGCUCCUGCAAUGGAAUGCGUCUUGCCCCGAGCCGGUGCAGCAUCUUUUGCAUGAGGAAAUCAGAUAUCGGGCCUCGAAGAGGCCAGACGAGCCCGUUCUCUGUGCUUGGGACGCCCAACUCACCUAUGGGCAGUUUGACAAGCUCACGGACGCCCUGUCGGAUUAUUUGGUGAGAGUACACAACGUGCAAGUCGGAGAUUAUGUGCCACUUUGUUUUCCACAAUCCGCCAUGGCCAUUGUGUCCAUGGUGGGCAUCAUGAAGACUGGCGCUUCUUUCGUUCCUCUUGAUCCUGCGCACCCGACAGCUCGCCAGUUGCACAUCCUGGAGAAGCUCCAGGCCCGAUUGCUGCUAGGCUCCGAGUCGACUACUGCGAAAUGCGCUGAGCUAUCAGGCAAUGUUGUUCUCGUCACCUCUUCGUUUUUGAACACGUGUGCCUCCGAGGCAGACCUGUCAUCCGCCAAGCACCUGCCACAGGGUCUACAUCCCCAGAGUGCGGCGUACGUGAUCUUCACAUCGGGCUCCACGGGUGUGCCAAAGGGCCUCAUCAUGCCCCAUUCGUCCGCCUUCACCGCUUUGAAGGACAUUGGGGCCCGGAUCGGACUGGGGACGAGGACGCGCACCCUGCAAUUUGCGUCGUACGUGUUCGAUCUGUGUAUUGGCGAGAUCUUUGCCACACUUCUCUCGGGGGGCGCCUUGUGUAUCCCAUCGCCCGAGGAACGCCUCGAUGACUUCUCCGGUUUCGUUUCCCGUGCCGCCGUGAACACGCUCUGGCAAACGCCCACCUUUGUUCGUCUCUUUACACCUGCCACACUCCCCAGUGUCGAUACACUGAUUCUCGCGGGCGAGAGCGUGACGCGGGACAUUGUCGCCGACUGGGCUGAGCAUGUUCAUCUCUGGAAUGCCUGGGGUCCUAGCGAGUGCUGCAUGGCCAGCACAUUGCACAAGUUCACUUCCCCCACGGAUUCUCCCUCGACCAUCGGCCGCUCUGUUGGAGGCCUGUGCUGGGUCGUGGACCAGGGUGAUCACUCCAAGCUGGCUCCCGUGGGCUGUAUGGGAGAAAUUGUCAUCACAGGCCAUACUAUAUCCAAAGGAUACCUUGGAGCGCCUGAGCUGACCGCAGACGCAUACAUAGAAACGCCUCCUGCCUGGCUGUCUUCUCUCAGCUCAACCAUCGAGUCACGUCUCUACAAGACGGGCGAUCUCGGAAAGUUCAACAGCAAUGGGACCUUGGAAUUCCUCGGCCGAAAAGACACGCAAGUCAAAAUGCGAGGCUUCCGCAUAGAACUGGCCGAGAUUGAAUUUCAUCUCAGGUCUCAUUCUGCACCCAUCCAGGAUGUUGCUGUGGAGUUGAUCCAAUCUUCUGCGGCUGCAGGUCGCGAUAUGCUGGCCGCGUUCUUUACGUUGAGCACGGAGAGGUCCAACACGCAGCCAACAGACCAGCCAGACCCAGCUUCUUUGCUCCUCCCUAUGGAUAGUGUGCUUCGAGAUGAGCUCGCCACCUUGUCCGGCCUUCUCGGCACCGUCAUGCCGUCGUACAUGGUCCCGGAUCUCUUCGUUCCUCUGCGCGAAAUCCCCGUCAUCACCUCCACCAAGACCAACCGAACGGCGCUGCGGGCUUUGGGAGAAUCCUUGUCCCAAGGGCAACUGAAAACAUACAGCCUUGCGGAGACGACCAAGCGCACAGUGUCGACAGACGAAGAAAGACUGCUGGCGUCAGUCUGGGCUUCCAUCCUAAACAUUACAGUAGCCGACAUUGGAAAGGAUGACAAUUUCCUCCAACUGGGAGGCGACUCUAUUGCAGCUAUUCGCUUGGCUUCUGCCGUACGAGAGGCUGGAUACUUUAUUGGGGUGUCGGAUGUCUUCGCUGACCCCCGGCUUUCCCAGCUGGCGUUGCGCAUGGCGCCCUUGGAGGAGUCCGAGCAAGAUCAAGAAGACGUCUCUCGAUUUGGUCUUCUCGCCCCAAAUAAAGACCCGAACCAUCUUGUAAGGUCUAUUGCGAGUCGAUACGACCUUGACAAGGACGCCAUAGUCGAUAUUUACCCUUGCACCGCCCUCCAAGAGGGCAUGAUGUCUUUGACGUCGAGACAAUCCGAAUCGUACAUUCAACGCCAUGUGUUCAAGCUACCACGUGAGCUCGAUAUGCGUCGGUUGCGAAGCGCCUGGGAUGCAACCGUCGCUGCCAACGACAGCAUGCGCACCCGCAUAGUCCAGGGACCAACUGCACAGCUACAGAUUGUUCUUGACGAACAGCUAAGAUGGGUCGAAGAAACGUGUCUUGAUGUCGGAGAGUACCUGGAGAGCCAUCCCAAGCCAUUCCUCACCUACGGCAACCCCCUGUCGUCGUUUGUUCUCCUUCGAGACCGCCAUGGUGAUGCCUACCUUGUGUGGGUGUGCCACCACGCGCUCACAGACGGCUGGUCACUCGGUCUCGUGCUGAAUCAAGUUCAAAACAUAUACAUGGCGGAAGAGAGUGUAGGCAUCUGGGGAGAUUCCACGACGCCCACAAAGGCACCGUUCUCCAAGUUCAUUGCCUACCUCCAAGGGUGUGAUGCAAACGACUCUGCCAAGUUCUGGGAGUCCCAAUUGAAACCCAUCAACAACGCUCUUCCAACGCAUUUCCCACCAGCGCAGAAACAUUCGAGCAGUCUGGAGCAUUUGCCACACCAUUUGACAAGUCACAAGACGUUUCCGCUGCCACAGUCAAACGAAGGCGAAGUGACACUUUCAACUAUUCUCCGAGCGGCCUGGACUCUCGUCCUUUCCCAAUGGUCAGGAUCCAAAGACAUACUAUUCGGGUCGGUGAUGUCCGGGCGAAACGUCCCCGUGGCGGGCAUAGAGGACAUUGUCGGACCCACGAUCACCACAGUUCCUGUGCGUGUGGCCUUGCCUGGCGAUACGACCACAGCCAGAGCCUUUCUCCGUAACAUCCAGCUUCAAGCCAACGAGAUGACGCCCCAUGAGCAUUUUGGCGUCCAGAACAUUGCUCAGCUCAACGCAUCGACGCGCGUCGCGUGUGGCUUCCGAAACCUCUUUGUGGUUCAACCUCUGAACCGAUACACCAAUGAUCUUGGCAUUGAAAUGGCUCACGUUGAGGCGCACGGCAACUUUAUUGACUAUCCCCUCAUAUUUGAGUGCUUGCUCGGUGACACGGAAGUUGCCACUAGAGUGACAUUUGAUCCACGCCUGCUUUCAAACUUCCAGGUGGAAGCCAUGUGUGAUCAGUUCGCUUCACUCUGCGCUCAGCUCGUCGGAAACGACGACACGGUGUCCCUCCUCGACGUAGCAUAUGCAAGCGCGCAAGAAGAGACAACGAUCAUGACAUGGAACCAAGAGAGCGCGGGAGACCUGAGUGUCGAGGAACGAACAAUACCCGAGCUCUUUGCAUCGAAAGUCGCCCGUUGCCCCGACGCAGAGGCCAUCUACGUGUCCGCCGAAGGAGAAAGCCGGGACAUCUGGACGUAUGCAAGGCUUAGUGCAGCCGUCAAGAGGCUUGCCAAUCACUUGCGGCUUAUAGGAGACUGCAAGCCUGGGGAUGCUGUUCCCGUAUGCUUCGAGCAUUCUGUCUGGUACACCGUGUCCAUCCUUGCUGUGCUUAGCACCGGAGCCUUUUUUGUGCCUCUUGAUCCCAAGCACCCGCAAGAACGAAGACGGGACAUUCUCGAGCAACUGGGCGCGAAAAUCCUGCUUGGCUCCUCGGAAGGUGCGGCAGCGUCCACCGGCAUGCUGCCCAUUGUUCUCGAGGUGUCGUCGUACUUGGAUCAACAGCUCAUGGUCAACGAGUCGUCGCAGCCAUCCAGUGUGCAGCCCGACGUCGCGUCUCCUUCGCAGCUGGCCUACAUUCUUUUCACAUCUGGCAGCACAGGCAAGCCAAAGGGUGUCAUGAUCAGCAACAGAGCCCUGGCUACAGCGCUACGCAACCAUGUCGAGCCUUUCAAGAUGGGUGCCCACAGCCGCGUCCUGCAGUUUGCUUCCCAUGUCUUCGACGCCAGUAUCUCGGAGAUCAUCGGCACACUCCUCCACGGCAGCACCGUAUGCGUUCCCAGCGAGACGCAGCGCAUGAACCCGCACCAUCUUGCGGAGUUCAUGGUGGAAGCCGAUGUCAAUUGGGCCUUCCUGACCCCUGUUGUCUCCCGGCUCAUCUCUUCCACCCACUUCCCGUCAUUGGAGACGAUUGUGGUCGGCGGUGAAGCUCUCGCUCCUAGUGUGAUCAGCCCCUGGCUAGACGCUGGCGUCCGCUUCAUACAAGCAUAUGGCCCUACCGAGACCACCAUCUUCAUGACCGCCCACCACAUGACGGCUCCUGAGCCACCGGCUAUCAUUGGGCGCGGUGUAGGGUAUUCCAGUUGGAUCGCAGACCCCAACGACUACACAAAGCUCGCGCCCAUCGGCUGCGUGGGUGAGCUCAUUGCCCAAGGGCCCUCGUUGGCGGAGGGCUACCUGAGAGAUGAAGACAAGACCCGAGCAGUGUUCCGUCCGGCACCGGCUUGGGCUCUUCGGUUCUCUGGAGCUGCGGAGGGUAAAGUGUAUUGCACGGCCGAUCUUGUCCGCUACAUCGGACCUCGGGGCGAGAUGGAGUUUGUCGGCCGCAAAGACACACAAGUGAAGCUUCAUGGGCAGCGUAUUGAGUUAGGCGACGUUGAACAGCACCUGCACUCUCAUCUCAGUGGCGUCCCUCACUUGUUUGUCGAUAUUUUGAACACGCACUCUAUUGUCGACGGCAAGGAAGAAGAGCAGGAGCACCUUGCGGUAUUCUUCUGCUUUGACAAUGUGGUGAAAGGAGCCGAUGUUCGUUAUGACGACGAUACCCUUCUUCAAGAGUUCUUUGGUGAAGGAAAGCAGCUGCUCGCCGACGCCGUUUCUCGUCUGGAGUCGAAGCUUCCCAGCUACAUGAUACCAACCCUCUUUGUUCCCCUGAACUUUCUACCUACCGUCACGAGCACCAAGGCUGAUUGGAAAGCUAUUAAGCGUAUCGCCUCCAGCUUGGGAGCGUUUGCGCUUCGAGAGAAAUAUGCUCUCGAAACGGCAUCCGAUGCUAUCAGACCACCAGAAACGGCUAUGCAGAAAUUUUUGGCAAGCUUAUGGGCGUCUGUACUUGGAGUGUCGGAAGCAUCGAUUGGCCUUGACAGUAGCUUCCUGCGUCUGGGUGGUGAUUCCAUUACCGUUAUCCGACUUGUUACCAUGGCGAGAGACUCGGGGAUUGACCUGGAGGUGGAAGUGGUCUACCGAAACCAACGCCUGGAAGCCAUGGCCUCGGCUUGCGACGAGCUGCGCGUGGUUGAAGAGUCUCAGAUCGUGCCAUUUAGUCUUCUUGACGGUGCCACUACCUUGGAGGAUGUCAAGACAAGCCUGGCACAAGCUUGGGAUAUGGAUCCAGCAUUGCUGGAUCCGGCAUUGAUAGAAGAUGCCUACCCUUGCACUUCCCUCCAAGAAGGAAUGAUCGCUUUGACCGAAAAGAAUCCCGGCACAUAUGUUGCUAAUAUGAUUUUCAAGCUUGGCCAGGGGGUUGACCCGCAACGCGUCAAGGCGUCAUGGAAUCAAAUUGUUGCCGAGACGCCCAUCCUGCGGACCAGAAUCGUCUGGCUCGCCAACGGGAGAGCCAUCCAAGUCGUUCUUCGAGAAGGCUGCCCUUGGCACAUAGGAACCAUUACAGGCCCUGCCGACAGCCAAGCCAUGGAACCAGGGUUUGCACCCAUCGGCUACGGCACACCUUUGUCACAGCAUGCCCUCCUUACUCAAGAACCCACGAGUGAGGUUUUCUUCGCGUGGAACAUUCACCACGCAGCCUAUGACGGGUGGUCUUUGGACCUCUUGUUUGCGCGGUUCAGUGAGGUGUACGGAAACCCCAUUCUAGCGCUCGAGACACCUCCUCGGACACCGUAUGCAAGCUUCAUUGCCCACAGCGAACGUGUCCGAGAGACGGCAGCGGCCUACUGGACUCAAACGCUGGAAGGGGCGAGAUGCACGGAUUAUCCUCGACUAUUUAACACCAGCACGCAACAAGGCAUCCGCACAGAUGCCACCUUGAGGCAGUCCUUCACCAUCAAGUCCACCAGGCGCCAACUCGCUUCGUCAGAUGUGACCUUGGCAAACCUCAUGACGGCAGCGUGGGGUCUCACAUUGUCGACCCAAGCCAGCGACGGCUCGGGCUCGCUGGAUGAAGUCACCUUUGGCACAACUGUCUCGGGUCGCAAUGCGCCUGUCGCAGGCAUCGAGUCAGUUGUAGGACCUAUAGUGACCUCUCUGCCCAUGCGUGUGCCCCUCGGCACGUCGGCGACUGUCGGGACAUAUCUCAGGCAGGUCCAGGAGCAGAGCGUCGCAAUCAUCCCUCACCAGCAGUUUGGACUGCAGAACAUUGCGAGGCUAAGCAACGAUGCCCACUCUGCGUGUGACUUCCGCACACUCCUGGUGAUUCAACCUGCCAAGCUAGCGGCGGUCGAUCGAGGUUCGCCCGAUGGUCAACAGCCUCUGCUUCCAGUUCACGACACAGAGGGCACGAUUGAGGACGACUUCUUUACAUACCCGGUAGUCUUCCAGUGCCAGAUCCCCCAGCAUGAGGAUUCUGAUAUAUCCCUUACCGUCGCAUACGCUUCAAACGUGAUCACGGGUGAAGAAGUCAAGCUACUUUGUGGCCACUUCCAGCAAGCCGUUCUCGCGUUAUGCACCGCCCCUCCUUCUACACCUUUGACCAAGGUCAACUUGUUGGGCUCAGAAGACACGAGAGUUCUCACAGUGGCCAACGGUUCAUCCUCUCCGCCUUACAAUGAAUGCCUCCACAUUCUCCUCCAGGAACAGGCGCAGCUUCGUCCAUCCGCGCCCGCCAUUGACGCUUGGGACGGCACACUGACCUACUGGGAGCUCGACAACGCUGCCAACUCGUACGCCAACCUACUUCAGAUUCAGUACAGGAUCAAGGCUGGGGAUCUCGUUAUCGUAUGCUUUGAAAAGUCCAUGUGGUACUUUGUCGCGACCCUCGCCAUCAACAAGGCGGGCGGUGCCUGGGUGCCCAUUGACCCAACACACCCUCCGAGUCGUCAUCAGCAGAUUGCAAGCAAGACUGGGUCGGUCACAGCCCUGUGCUCUCGAGAAUGCCGCAAGCACGUCGAGAACUUGGUGGAAAAUGUCAUCCAGGUGGACUCCGUGACGGCACCUUUCGCACAGGAUGUCCCAGCGGAGAUACAGACGGAGCGAGCAUCAUCACUCGCCCAGCCCCACGACGCAGCCUACGUCUUGUUCACGUCUGGCAGCACGGGCACCCCCAAGGGCUUCAUCAUGGAGCAUCGCGCUGCCUGUACGGGUCAGCGGGCUAUCGCAAAGAGACUCCAAAUGACGAGUGAAACCCGCAUGCUUCAGUUUGCGGCCUUUGUGUUCGACUUUUCCAUUGGCGAGAUUAUCAGCGCCCUGGUGACAGGUGCCUGUGUCUGCGUGCCUUCCGAAGACCAGCGCAUGAACUCUCUGUCCGACUUUAUCCGCGAAAAGGGAGUGACGUGGAUGUUCCAAACACCAGCGCUCCUGAGGACCCUCAACCCGGACAUGGUGCCGACCGUGCGUGUGGUGGGAGUCGGUGGCGAAGCCGUGGGCCAUGACAUCCUUCACCAAUGGUUUGGCAAAGUCCGGCUCAUCAAUGUCUGGGGUCCGGCGGAGGCUUGUUGUAUCUCAAGCUCGCACCAAUGGGCCUCUCUCUCCGAAUCUCCUCAGAUCAUCGGCAAGCCGGUCGCUUGCCAUUGCUGGAUCGUGGACUGCGAGGACACAGAAAAGUUGCUGCCCGUGGGGGUUAUUGGAGAAGUCGUCAUCCAUGGACCCAACGUGAUCAAGGAGUAUCUCGGCGAUCCCGCCAAGACGGCCGCCAGUGUCCUGGAGGGCGACGCUCUGCCAGCGUGGGCGCAGAGGGAAUCCACUCUACCCCCAUGGAGCAGAGUCUACAAGACCGGAGAUCUAGCGUGGUACAGACCUGAUGGCUCCAUGGAGUUCUUGGGUCGCAAGGAUACGCAGGUCAAAAUCAGGGGCUUCCGCGUGGAGCCGGACGAGAUUGAGCAUCUCGCCCGUGAUCACCUGGGAUCCCAUGUACAGGUUGGUGUUGUUGCCUUUGAAAAGGGUGACUCGGGUCAAGGCAAGCCUGCCCAGGAAUUGGCUGCCUUUGUAUGUCCCUCGAACGCAUCCAAGACAGCACAUGUCGAUCUUGUGGACGACUUGGACAUGCUUGCGCAAGAUAUGGUGCUUCCCCCAGACACCGAGGAGCACAAGGGGAUAGAAGGACUCCAACGCUUCCUAAAAAGCCGCCUACCAUCGUACAUGGUACCCACCGUCUUCUUCCCCUGUGCCUACAUGCCUUUCGUCACUUCCGCCAAGCUCGACCGCAAGAAGCUCAGCGCGGUGGCCGCUAUUCUCUUCAAAACGAAUCUUGCCUCGUCUCGCGGCGUCCACAAUACAAAACGGCAACCCGAGACCGAUAUGGAAGAAAAGAUGCAGCACAUCUGGUCCGAGAUUCUCAACCUCCCCCCGAGCGACAUUGGUCUCGACGACAACUUCAUCACCCUGGGUGGCGACUCGAUCACGGCGAUCCGACUAGUCACCAUUGCCCGUUCGCAAGGCAUAAAGAUCUCCGUUGCGCAGGUUUUCGCCGAUCCAACGCUGUUGGCCAUGGCUAGUAAAGCCAAGACCAGUGCUGCGGAAGCCUCCAUGGAGACAGGUGCUGCCACCCUGGAGAGCUGGAUCUUGCUUCCAGACACUUUGACUCCGUCUGGCGUGGAUCGCCUUGUCCGAGACCAAUGCCAGCUCCAAGAGGGUUGUGUGGUAGAGGAUGCAUUCCCCGUGUCGCCUUUGCAGGAAGGUGUGAUGAUGUUGACGGAGCGCUACCCUGGCGCCUAUUUCGGUCGCUUCAUCUUCCAACUCGGAUCGCACGUUGACAUCGGUCGUUUCCGAGCUGCGUGGGAGGCCGUUGUGUCCCUCUGUCCCAACCUUCGCACCCGCAUCGUGCGCGGUCCGGGAGGUGAGCCACUGCAAGCGCACAUCAAACACGGAGCGUGCUGGCAGGACACACAGGGGCUUGACCUGGCCACCUACAUUGCAUUGUCCGACAAGACGCCUCCAGGCUUCGGGUCUGCUUUGAGUAGACAUGCACUCGUGGAGGAUGGCAACACGGGAAAGGCCUACUUUGUCUGGGAAAUUCACCACGCCAUAUACGACGGAUGGAGCUUGAGCCUUAUGAUGCAGUGCUUUGUCCAGGCGUAUGACCAUGGCGGGACGCGCAGUAUGGAAGCUCUUACGCAGAGUUUCAAGGCUGUCCCCUUCCGCAACUUCAUCCAAUUCACCAUAGGGGCGAACAGUCAAGCCUCAGCCGACUACUGGAAGAGGGAGCUCGACGGAGUCAAGGCGUCUGCGUUUCCACCACGAGCGCGUGGCGAUGCCAUGAAAUCCGGAAUUCGAACUACUAAUAUACCUCUUCCAGCUUCCAACAAGACAGGCUUUGUAAGUGCGACCAUUGUUCGCGCAGCAUGGGCCCUGGUUCUCGCUGCCCAUUCUGAGGAUGCAGAGGACGUCUGCUUCGGGGCGACAGUCUCGGGACGCCAGGCAUCUGUCGAGGGCGUUGAGUCCAUGAUUGGGCCCUUGCUCGCGACAGUGCCUGUUAGGACGCGCAUCAGAGGCAACCAGAAGGUGGCCGAUUUCCUCAAGAUGAUCCAGGACCAAGCAACGGGCAUGAUCGAGCACGAGCAGUACGGCCUCCCGAGAAUCGCUCGGCUGGGUCCAGAGGCCAAGGCCGCGACGGAAUUCGGCUCCCUGGUCGUCAUUCAGCCCAAGUACUUUACGGACCAGAGCAGCCACGACCAGAGUGCGAUGAGUAAUCUCGUCGUGCUUGUCAACGAGAGCGAGGCCGAGGCUGCUGGUCCCAGUGUAAACGAGUACUACACAUACCCCCUGGUCCUCCAGUGCCAGCUCAUGGAGGAACAGGUGCAGCUCAGUCUCAUCUACAACAAAGCUUGUCUAUCAGGAGAUCUGGUCGACCGUCUGGGAGAUCACAUGUCUCAUGUAAUCCACCAACUUGUGCAGUUCGCAUCAACAGAUCGUCAGGUUGUAGACAUCCAUGUUGCCUCGCAGAACGACGUUACCCAGGCGAUUGCUUGGAACAGUCCAACGGAUCGAGUGAGCUCUGGUACAAGCACCGACACUCUCCUCCAUCAAGCCGUCACGCGCUGGGCUACGCAAGCACCCAAUCACCCUGCGCUGGUUUCUGCUGAGGGAACCAUAACCUAUGAAGAGUUGAACCUUGUAUCCACGCGUAUGGCCAAGUUUUUGGUACACAAGUACGGAGUUGGCUCUUCCACAAGAGUGCCUGUCUGCAUGGAGAAAUCAGCAUUGACUAUUGUGGCUAUCCUGGCCAUCAUGAAAGCAGGCGGCACCUACAUUCCACUUGAUCCCACUUUCCCCGAAGAGCGCUUGCGAGCCAUCCUGGAUCAAGUAUCAGCAGAGCUCGUCAUUGUCUCCCUGACUACACAAGACUUGUGUCGCUCGCUGGGUGUCAGGACAUUGGUUCUGGAGCCGCGCGAGCUUGUAGAGUACUACGCCGAGGCAGGGUACUACCCCCUUGAUCUGCCUACUAUGUCAUCUACCGACACGGCCUACAUUUUGUUCACAUCUGGUUCCACUGGCACGCCCAAGGGUAUCCUGGUUGGCCACGGGGCAGCGUGCAACAGCGUCAAAGGCUCCGCAUCGUCGGAAGGCUACGAUUUACAUCCCGAGAGCCGUAUACUUCAGUUCUCCAACUUCAUGUUUGAUGUCAGCAUCGCCGAGAUAUUUGGUGCCUUCAUGUUUGGAGGCACCUUGUGCGUCCCAUCAGACACGGAACGUCUCACUGGACUGGCGGACUUUUGCUCCGCGCGGGAGAUCAACACGGCCAUGUUGACAACAUCUUUUGCUACGACUCUCCGUCCUCAGUCUCUGCCCACGAUUACCACUUUGGUUCUCGUGGGUGAAGCGCCAACUCGCGAAGUCCAAGCUCUCUGGUUUGGCAAUGUGAAGAGAUUGGUCAACGCGUAUGGCCCGUCCGAGACGGUCAUGUUCUGCGCUGUCCACGUCUAUAGCUCUCCUGAUGAAGAGCCUUCAACCAUUGGACGUGGAGCACUAGACGCCGACAUCAGUUGCUGGAUCGCCGCCACAGACCACCCAGAGCGACCAGCCCCUCUUGGUUGUGUAGGCGAGAUCGUGGUUCGCUCCCCAUCCUUGGCGAAGGGGUACCUCAAUGACCCUGAGAAGACCCGACAGACUUUCCUUUCCUCCGUGCCCUGGAUCCCUUCCACGCCUACGCAUGGGUUCUACAGAACCGGUGAUCUUGGUCGUUACAAUGUCACGACUGGGACAAUUGAGUAUCUAGGCCGUCGAGACACGCAGACGAAGCUUCGCGGCCAGCGUCUGGACGUUGCGGAGGUGGAGCAUCGCAUGAAGGUCAUUUCUCCAGAGAACACUGGCGUUGCUGCGAUUGUGUCCAAGGAGUCUGACAGAGAGGUCCUCGUUGCCUUUGUAAGCCAGAGCUCAGCGUCGUCGGGCGACCCGGCUCGUUUGUUGCCAACCACAGAGACAACCAACGUCUUCCUUGAUCAGCUCUGGAAAGGACUCAAAUCAGCCCUCCCUUCAUUCAUGGUCCCCUCCCUCUUCAUUCCCGUUACUCGCAUCCCUCUCAACAAUUCUCUGAAACUCGAUCGCCUCAAGCUCCAAAUCCUCCUAUCUGAGGCCUCGGACGACAGCUUGCUCCAGUAUACGGUACCGUUCAAGGCUGGGGAUGAUUCUUCCACUGUUUCCGAGGAGCCCCUAACACCCGUCGAGGCACUUCUGCGCGGUACAUGGGCACAUGUCCUAGGCCUUGACUCUAGUCUUAUUGGCAGACAUGAUAAUUUCCUCGACAUUGGUGGCGACUCCAUUACCAUCUUCCGGAUGAUUGCUCUUGCUGAUGAGCGGCACCUGACCUUGUCGGCUGCCGACGCGUUCGCCAAUCCAACACUUUCUGCCAUGGCUUCUCGUUGCGUCUCGCCAGACGCCAUCGCGUCGCGCGGCCUUGAGGGUUCUGGUCGUGCUCUUCCACGUUUCAGCCUCCUACCUCAGGACAUGUUCGUGGGCGAGAUCCUGCGCUCGGCAGCAACACAAUGCCAAGUCUCUCCUGAGUCUAUCGAGAACUGUUUUCCCUCCACUCCCCUUCAGGAGGGCCUGAUUGCCAUGGCCGAGGGUGCGACUGCCUCGUACGUUGCUAGAUACGUCUUCGACCUCCCGGAAGAUCUUGAUCUCCAGCGCUUCAAGCAGGCCUUGUCCAUCCUGUACUCCUUGACCCCCAAUUUGCGCACCCGCAUUUUCUCCCAUGCCGGUGAAGCAUCAUUCCAAGUCAUUUUGCAAGAUGACGUCCCGUUGAAGGAGCUUACCACCUCUGAAGACGACAUCCAUCAGUAUCUCGGAUCCAACAACAGCAAAGACCUUGUUAUCCGACCCGGCUUUGGCCGUCGUCUCGUCUCCUUCAACCUGGUCUACACUGCAGAUGGUAGAACACACCUCAUCUGGGACAUGCAUCAUGCUGUCUACGACGGGUGGACCCUGAAUAUGAUGCUAGAUAUGCUUCGAGACGCUUAUGUCCGGCAGACACCUCAAGAACCUCAAGUGCUCCCGCUGGAUAUCUACGUCCGCCACAUUCUCGAGGCCUCCAAGGAUCAAGAGGCUUCUGAGACGUACUGGAAGACCCAACUGUCCGACCACGAACCUUCUCAUUUUCCCGGAGGAAAUGACAGAUCCUCGGGUUUCGAAGACGAGCCAAAGGCGAAUUCCACCACCACGUCCCAGCAUAGGUUCGCUCUCCUCCCGACCGCCGCUGGCACAUCCACCGCUACUCUGCCCACCGUACUCCGCGCUGCUUGGGCUAUGGUGCUUGCGGAACACUCAGGCACAAAGGAUGUCGUGUUCGGCAAUACUGUUUCAGGCCGUAGCGCGUCCGUGCACGGCAUCAUGAAAGUUGCGGGACCGACCAUCACCACCUUGCCGAUUCGAGUCCGGGUCCCUACGGCGGCAGAGGACAAGGACAUCUCGACGCUGGACUUCCUUUCCUCCAUGCAGACACAAUCGAACGAGAUGAUUCCUUGGGAGCAUACAGGCUUGCAGACCAUUGCGAAGAUGAGCCCGGAACUCCACGAGGCGUGCCAAUUCCAGAAUCUACUCGUCAUCCAGCCCGGUGCCAGGCUCGAAAAAGACACGAGUGCGGACAGUAUAGAGCCGUUUGAUAAGAUCAAGGUGACGGACAAGACGCACACAUUUCCCGCUGGCCAAAGCCAGUACCACGCGUAUCCUCUCGUCUUCCAGUGCUCCCUGCGAGGAUCCGAGUCCGUCGAGAUUGAGGUCAUCUACAACACGCACUUGCUUUCGGAACAAACCAUCACGGCGCUCUGUCAACAGUUCAGCUACGUCACACUUCAGCUGGUGGCGGCCCUCGGUCCAGGAGAAGCACCAAGGCCACUCUCCUCUGUGCAAGUGCCUUCGACACAUGAUCUCGCCAAGAUGACAGCUUGGCCCUCGAUCAACACCACGUUGGACACCCAUGACGAAUUUGCCCACGCCAACAUCACUAAGCAGUGUGAGAAACGACAAGAUGCAGAGAGUGUGCAUGCGUGGGACGGAACACUCACAUACAAGGAGCUCGAUACUCUUUCCAACCGCCUCGCAAACCAACUACUUUCACUUGGCAUAGCUCCUGGCACAUUUGUGCCGCUUUGUUUCGAGAAGAGCAAAUGGGCCAUCGUGGCCAUGGUGGCGGUGAUGAAGGCUGGUGGUGCCUUUGUCCCCGUGGACCCUACGCAUCCUCGCAACCGCAUCGUUUCCCUGAUCCGAAUGGUCUCGGGUGACCAUGUGGCCCUCUGCUCGCCCUCUACUGCCUCUGUGCUCAGCGGUACGGCGACUCAUGUCCUGCCCAUCUCCACGGCUUUCAUGGCCCAACUGGAGAACACAACCCCCCGCGAUCUCUCUACGCUGGACAGCAACACGGAUCCUUCUCCCGCUGCAUAUGCCAUCUUCACAUCAGGCACCACCGGUGAGCCGAAAUGCGUUGUGGUCAGCCACCGUGCGCUGUGCUCCAGCAGCGCAGGGCAUGCCAGAAGCAUCGGGUUGGGCCCCGGGUCUCGCGUGCUCCAGUUCUCCAACUACGUCUUCGACGUCAGCCUCGGCGAGAUGCUUUCGACCCUGAUGGUGGGCGGCGCCGUCUGCGUCCCGUCAGAAGACGAUCGGAUGGGAAGCAGGCUUGCCGCAUUCAUCGCCAGCAGCCGCACAGACACGGCCAUGCUCACGCCUUCUGUUGUCCAGACGCUGCAUCCCUCAGAAGUACCUGGUCUCAAGACGCUGGUCCUCGGUGGUGAGGCCCCGACCAAGGAGAAUGUGAGGACGUGGCACGGUCGGGUCAAGUUGCUCAAUGGCUACGGGCCCGCCGAGGCCUGCAUCUACUGCAGCGUCGCGGAGGUGUUUGACCCUGAGGAGGACCCGACCAUCAUCGGUUCGGGCUCCAACUUCCACCUCUGGGUGAUGGAUGUCAAGAACCCCAGCCGUAUCGUGCCGCCCGGCUGCGUCGGUGAGCUUCUGGUCGAAGGGCCCGGCCUGGCCGAUGGUUAUCUGGGCAACCCCGUCGCAACGCGUGACGCCUUUGUCGAGGUCGACACGAGCACCUGGUCGGCAUCGGGGCUCGUCCAGCAAGGUGCCUUGCCAGUCAGAAGAAUGUACCGCACGGGCGACUUGGCCCAGUACUGCCCGGACGGCCGCGUCAAGUACCUGGGUCGCAAAGACAGCCAAGUCAAGAUCCGUGGUCAACGAGUGGAGCUUGGUGAUAUCGAGUACCAAGUCCAGAAAAUUACGGCAAAUCUCCAAGACGCCAUCAAGCAUUGUGUCUCUGACGUUCUAAACGUGGGUAGUCGCCAGACUCUAGUGGUUGUGCUAAGCCACGGCGAGGCGAGCCAACACGCAAUGACGAGACCUAUCAUGGCUACGCAAGCAUUCAAGAAGGAGAUCGCACAAGGCCUCCAGGUCCUAGACGCGGCUCUACCUCCCUACAUGGUCCCUCGUCACUUCAUCCCCGUGACGAGCGUGCCCUGCAACGCCUCGGGCAAGAUCGACCGGAGAAGACUGCGCCGCGAACUCGAGGUUCUGACGGCGGCAGACAUGCAAGCAUUUUACGUCUCCUGCGAUUCAUCGGAAGAGGUAGAGGUCGUGGGAACUUCAACGCCUACCAACUCUGUGGAGCGCAGCAUUCACUCCAUCUGGGCAGACGUACUACGCCUACCGCCCAAGGCCUUUGGGGUGACAGAGAGCUUCACUCACCUUGGAGGCGACUCUAUCAAUGUCAUCAGUAUGAUCAAGAAGAUUGAGGCUCGUCUCCAGGUCAAGAUGAGUGUCCGGGACUUCAACGGCCGCACCACAACCGUGGCUGGUCUGGCGAGAACAGUCGAGGCGAGUCGAACAAGCACAAGCACGAGCUCGGCGUCCGAGUCCGACUUGUCGUCUGACGUGCCCUCUGUGGAUCUACCAAAGGAGAUAGCCACGCUCACUGAUGAGGUCACAUCUCGUUUGGCUGUGGAUAAUUGGAGAGGUCUAUCUACGACAGCAGCCGGUGUCUCGACCGUGUUCCUCACGGGCGCCACUGGAUUCCUCGGCAACGAGAUACUUCGCCAGCUUCUCCUCUCACCCAAGAUAUCCCGCGUCGUCGCCUUGGUAAAAGCUUCCUCACCUGAGGCCGGCCUUGGCCGCAUCGUCAAGUCCGCGACCUUGGCUGGCUGGGCAUCCCACCUCCACCCAGCGGCACUGCGCAAGAUGGAGAUUUGGCCAGGCGACUUGUCAUUGCCUCGUCUAGGCCUGACAGCAGAGCAAUGGUCCCGCUUGACACGGCAAGGCCACGGAGACAGGGAGCAUGGAAUCGACGCCAUUGUUCACAACGGCGCCUCUGUCAACUGGUUCACCGAUCUGGAGGGCCUAUACGCAGCCAACAUCACCUCCUCGGUGCAGCUCGUUUCGGCUGCCCUCGAGGGCGGAUCCAGAUUCGUGUAUGUGUCAGGGGGCGUCAAGGCCGUCAACACACAAGACCACCAGAUGGAGGUGGCGAGGCAGCUCUCUAAGACGGGGACCGGCUAUGUCCAAAGCAAGUUUGUGGCCGAAAGCGUCAUCCACAACAUUGCCGCCACAAUCUCGGGUCCGAACCCAAUCUCCAUCGUGAAGCCUGGUGGCAUCGUCGCGGCUGUGUCCUCUGAUGGCGUCUGUAACUCGGACGACUUCCUCUGGCGGAUUGUGGCCACGGCUACCGCACUCGGAGCCUACCCUAUGGAGCCCGACGACCACUGGCUUUUCCUCGACGACGCGCAGAGUGUCGCCCAAGUUGUGUUGGCGCAGCUCGACACCAGGCUCCCUGAGUCUGGUGAACAUGAAUCCUUUGUGGACACGCAGUGCGGGCUGAGCGUGCCCGCCUUCUGGGAGAUCGUCAACGAGGAACUGUCUCCGGAGGCCUCAACCCUCCGCGCCCUGUCUUGGGAUGAAUGGUCCUCGGCAGCCCGCACGCACAUGGAAGCCGUGGGACCAACGCACCCCCUUUGGCCUGUCCAGCACUUUCUCGGACAACUGGCCACCGGCAGUAAACCCGCGGACGGCUACACGGAGCAAGACACGCACCGGGUGACAGAAGCCGUCCGCAGCAGCUUUCGCUAUCUUCGCCGGGCGGGCUUCAUCUCGCCAGGCGCUACGGCUGUCUCGCAUCUCGAAGGUCAAGGUAUCGCGCCCCGCCAGGACGGAAAGAUGGAACUGUUUGGGCGGUCUUCGGCGCGACAAGUCCCCUUUCCAGGUGGUUCUCCCUGA